AUGGGGAGGAGCCGCUGGACGGAUACUGAGUCAACCACCAUGGCCAACAACCCACCAUCUCCCCCAACUCUCCGCUUCAUUGGACCCCUUCGACAAACCAAAUUCGACAGGUGUGACCAGAUCCAUAAUGUUCCCAACCCGAAUCUCCUCGAGCUCGAAGAAAGCGACGUGUUUUGGUUUUCCACCUCCGCCGAGUCAUAUGCAAAUUCGAAAUCACCUUCUCCGCCGUUGUCCAAUCACGGCUCGCCGCCUCAUCCCCAUUCCCAGCUCCGACGUCAAUUCAGCCCGACGAAGUCGGGCCUCUCCGCCGCCCUGUCGGAAGACCACCACCGACUCAUCAGACGGCAAUCCACCCUGAAUCCGUCCACUGCCGCGAAAAUAAUCCCGCCAGUGGUGCGAAGCGACGGUGCGCAGGUGAAAUUCCACCAGUCUGCGCCGGUGAACGUGCCGGUAUGGCCGAAGAAGAUUAAUUUCAAAAAUCACAAUAAUUAUAUGGGAAGUUUUGAUGAGGUGGACGAUGAGGAGCUGGAUGAUGAAGAGGAAAUGGUGCCACCUCACGUGAUGGUGGCCCGAUCUCACGCGACCUUCUCGGUCUUCGAGGGCGUUGGAAGGACACUCAAAGGGCGGGACUUGCGGCGCGUGCGCAACGCCGUGUUUCAGAAAACAGGUUUUCUUGAUUGA